CCCGCACCAGCAGUUGAGAGCGAAGCCAUGAGUAACCGGAGCAGAAGAACAGUUGUGGCGGAGGCGGAGCCUACAUUCGUGCAGAGCUGCUCAACAAAAUGGUCUAAGGGGUUGCAGCGAGGCGCCAGAUGGGAUAAGGACACAUUCGAAGACUUUCCCGUAUGCGUCCACUGGUUCAGACAAUUCAUGGCGGCGGUGGCGGGGAUAUGUGUGGGUGUCGCGGGAGUCACUGGAUGGUUCGGGCUCGUGGGGGGAUUCGCCUUCGUCACUGGGGCCACUUACUUGUACUACGCGAGAUUCGUCGAGGCGGACGAGUUGUCAUACGGUGAUCAGGGCCUGAAAUGGGAGGGAUUGCUGCCAUCUCUCACGGUCUUCCUCCUGAUGUGGAUCUUGUCGUUUAACGGCAUGGACCAUGUCUUGUUGAAUGUCGCGUAGGUAGGCCAGGGGGAGGUGGUAGAAACAGUGCUUGCACUUCCUCGGGACUUGGGUUGCCGGAGGCUGCGCGUGACACCCACAUGUUGCUGGGGGAAACCCUAGGGGGAGGAAAUCUGAAGCCUGAGGAAGUUGGGGGACGAUUGGACCGACGAACGCGAGCAACGAAAGGAGUAUUUAACACGGGAAGCUCCUUUCUGAGGCGUUCGUUGUUGUGCUGAGAGCUUGGAGUGUAGGCUUGAAACUCGGCACACUCUUGGGCCAGUGCGACUCGCUCACUGGGGUGAUGGGCGGCGGAGCCAGCCUCGAGCGGAAUGGCUUUUUGGUUCCACAUAUGAAGGAGAGUACUGUAGAAAUGACACGUGGUCUUGGUGGUUGCAGGAGGGUGCGCUUGUUUGUUGACCCAGCAUCUCACUCUAGGCAAAUCUCAGUUUCUGCUCUUGAACGAGAUAUGCUGGAGAGAUUGGCUUUCACGUGCAUGCUACGCUUCCAUCCCGUGCCUUGGGCGAUGUGCUAGGUCAGGCACCUCUGUCGGUUGGUGCUGUUGCGAUCUUGUGUCGUGAGAAUUGAGUAUGAGA